AUGGCCGUCCAAGCAGGGGUUCCAGGAAUGACGGCGGAGGAAGGAGUGCCGGGUGGCGGUGGUUCACUUCCAUCAAAAUUUCGCUGCAGGAAUCGAGGUGCUGAAAACUUGUAUGGUUAUUCUGCGGCGGAGGCUCUUGGUCGGAACCUCCUUGAGCUGAUUGUAGAUCCCAGUGAUACAACGAUCGCGCAAAAUAUUGUUCAGUGUGAGAGCGCUGGUCAGGACAGUUUUCUAUGA